AUGGGUGCAGCGCCGAGUCGUGAAACAGCCGAGCACCGGCUCUCUCAGCCACCUUUCUACGGCCAGCGCCAGAGGAUUGUUCUCAUUCCGCUUCUGAAAAGGUUCUUCCCUAGUUCAGACUGCUCCCUGUUUGUGCAGCUUUACGAAGCGCAAUGUGACCCGACGGUGCGGUACUACUGCUAUGCCAAUGCCAGCGCCAACAAAGUGCAAGCGAUGCCAACCUCACCGGUGUCUUCGACAGUGUCCACGACACCCGAGGGCGUCGGCAAUGUUGCCUCGUCAAACUACCUGGCUGAGGUAGUUGGUAGCGCUCCUGCCUACUGUCCGCCGGCUGACGUGUUUCCGGCUGUGUCUUGGACACGGGAGGCCAUGUAUGAUGCGUACAUCACCAACGGCGGCGAGAAAAUGGUCUACGAGACAGACGAGGAGAUGCUAAGAGCUUAUCGCGCAGACGCAACCUCGGUGCGACCGCUGCCGUGCGCUGUGGCCUUCCUCUACCACCGACCACCUUCUGCAGCAAGUUACACCACUUUGGCUUCUGCAAGGGAUGCUAGUAACGGGCGGGGCGCGAGGUCAGCUCUCACCACUGGGGCUGCUUCUGGCGGCGCGCAUAGUUUCCCUGAGGACUGCACUGAGCUUCUGGGCGUCUACGUGAAGGCGACGGGGUUUAUCGGCGAUGUACGUGGCCUGGGUGCUUCGCGCGCGCGAAAGCUGCAGGACUAUGAGAUGCAGAUGUUUCUCAUCAAGUCCGCCGGCGACCAUCACUGCACGCACGUCUUCAUCACGGCAGUCUACACGUAUGCCGAGCAGUGGCAGCGUGCGUGCCUGCAUUGUGUGCCGUGUGACCUCGCAAUGAAGGAACUUGCACCAGUCUCGACGCAAGACAGCGGCACUGCUGACAAGGAUCUCGGCGAUGUCUUCUUCUACUAUAAGCCCUUUUCCCAACCACAUGACAUGUUCGUGGAGGCGAGCCGCACAGCUGGCCAUCAUCGCGUGGGGAAGGCAGCAGCGGCGGAGGGAAGCGAGGAAGGGGGUGGCACGUUUAAACUGGAGGAAACGGUUCAGUUUUGGGCACCGCCACCGCUGCCUUCACUCGUCAUUCGUAGUCGCCGGGCCAAUGUGUCGCUGCUGUGCUUCCUGCGCGAGGUGCGCACGUGCGUGCGCUCAUUCUUUCUUUUCCACUUCAAGCACUAUCUUGAUCACCAGGACUCACUGAAGCUGGAGAAUAGCGAAGGGAGAGGGGGAGCUGACAGCGGAGAGGAUUGGAGGACGGAGAAAACGUGCCCCAUCAAUCCCCUCGACCGCAGGGCUGGUGAGAGGCAUUUCUUCCACAUGCCUCCGCCUGGCAGCGCGCAAAUGUGGCUGCAGGAGGCGACGCGUGUGACGCUGCCGCUUACUGAGGACGGCUGCGAGGGUACCGACAUGGAUACGGAGUCGAUGCUGAAUUUUUACUUAAUGGCGCCCUACGUGCUUGCAUUGGUCGAGUUCAUUGUGGUCUGUCUGCUGCACAACAUCAACCCUUUAGAGCUCUUCCGGCUUUCAUCGGAGCCGGACGAUUUGGCGAUGGCGGCGGCCUCUGCGGGUUGCCUCAAGAAGGGUCUCACCACGACAAGGGAGGCGCCUGCAGCUGACCCAGUGGGCGACGACGCUUCUUUCUUAAACACCGCGGCAAUGAUGGCCGGCAGCCCCACAUUACAGCACUCCCUCUCUUUCAUUCGCCUACCGGAUGAGAACAUGCUUGUACAACCUUGGCCACCCAGCAGCACCCGAGUCGAGGCAAGCGGUGAGGCAUCCUCUACUAUCGCUGCUGCUGGUUCUUCCACAGGUGCCGGGAUACUUUCGGCGUGGCGAUCGCGCCACACCGACCAUCACCUGUUCUGGUCGGUGGGACCGGACGUCGUGAACCGGCGCUCCGCCACCGCGGCGUUGCUGCACUGGUACACAACUGAAAAAGCUCCUGUGGUGUGGGGGUAUAGCCUGGACGAGAAGGGCCAUGAUGCUGUUGCUGACGGCAAGAAGAACGCCAUUGUCAGCUGCAAUGUGUCGGCACAGGUCUUUCCCUCUUUAUCCUUGGAGAGCUACAUGAGCACAGUGACAGUGAACGGGCACACGGAGGAGCUGCUGCGCUGCAACACGGUGCUCUGCUUAGUGCGGCUGGAAGCCGAGACGCCAGCGGAGGCGCGCGUGCUGCGUGUGUGUAGCCUACCGUUGGAGGAGCUGCUUCUCGGCGAGCUACGCAACGCCUGCAAGCUUGCUCGCGAGGCGAGCCCAGAGGACCCACAUUGGGUGCGGCAGAGGGAGGGUACCAGCGGUGAUGGAGGCUCGAUGAAGUACGCAGGCUGCGUGCUGCACGCGUCCGAUCCAGCUGAGGGGGAGUCCAGAACGGUCAUUCCCAGCAAGGGUGUGGAGCCGUCGGUUGUGCCGCCGGAGGCCGACGGGAUCAUUGGUGAUGGGGCGUCGUGUCUAUGGCGGGUGAACUUGAUUGAGGACAUGUGCCGUAUCAUCGCCGUGACACCGUGGUUCCUGAAGGCAAGCGGCAAGAGGCAUCACAAGAAGAAGCUGCAGUCCAAGGCGGUCUUCGUGCCCGGCACGGCUCCUGAAGUCUUUCUGGCAGCUGCCUCCUCCUCACCAGCCGCCACUUUGUCCACACCAGCGCCGUCAGCUACCACCAAGCCUCCGCCGAAAGAUGGAGGUGAGUCGAAGGCGAAAGUGACGCCGCCAGUGAGGGCUCCAAUGGGCGCAGCACCGAACAGGCAGGAGCCUGCGGCGCUGGGGGAGGAAAAGUCUGGCGGCACUUUAACCGUACUGGGUCUUCUGGCGACCGAUGCCGCCAUUACCACCGCCACCGCCUCCGCUGCUUCAACCACGAAGGCGAAGAAGGCACAGAAGGCGGUGAGCGCCGCUGCAGCACUAGUCUCUGCCUCCACCCCUACAGCUGUUGAGUUGAGGACUGAGAGUGAGGCGGCUUCCCCUGCCGCUGUCAGCGUCGAAAGUAUGGUGGCGACUGUGGACGUCGCUGCUAUGGCUACCCAGCCCGAGACCACGAAGUGGGUCAAGACGACUCCAGCGGAGAACUGGAAGAAGGCCGAGGUAGCGAAGGAGAAGUCACCUGUGGUCGUCACUUACACUGGUGCUGCGACAGCAGACAAGCAGGGUGAGUCUUCACCACCGUCAACUUCCACCUUGGCUGCCGCCAUACAUGCAGAGGCGGCGACCGCGGAGAAGGCGAAGGGGGCGAAAGAGGGCGACGGCGCUUCAGGCAGCAGCACUGUGGGAGUCACUGGAACCACCAUCACUUCCACCGCUGCCCAUGCAACGACCCUAGCGGCAGGCAAUCUGAACAAGGCACCAACGUUGCUACGAUCCCUGCAGCCCCCAAUGCCAGCUGGUGAGCAUGAUCCGAGCCGCAAGAGCAACAAAGUCGGCGCCGGUAGAAAGUACCGAGCCCCUUCCACCAUGAGCUCGACUGGUAGCGGCAGCGAAACAGCUUGUGCUCUGCAAUACUCGCCAGGGUACAACCCCUACUUUUCACUGCCAUUGUAUGAUGUCUACCCACCGCCGCCGCUGCCGCCGCCGCUGCUGCAACUGCCACCCCCGUCACUGCUGCGUGGCCUCUACGAGCAGAACGGUUACACUCCCGGCUAUAGCUACCGAGGACUUCCACCGCCUCCGGGCUUUACAGACCCCCAUAGUAGUGCUAAGACCUCGCCAAGCUACGGCGGCUACUACUACGUCUCCGAUGAAUAUGAGCUGCCCGCAGGCUACGACGGCAGCUGCAACAACAGCCCCAGCAAUGCCGCUUGGCGCUACAACACAAGGAUGAGCAGCGGAGCAACAGGUAUUACUGAAGUUGCAAAGCAGAUGUUUGGAGACGAAUGCGUUAAUUUACCAUACGUGUACGCAACACCACCACCGCAGCUGCAAUCACAGCGGCAGCACGCGGGAACGGCGGAGAGCAGCCCCGGAGAAGACUUUGUCUCCUUCGUGCAACCCUACUCGCUGCCCGCUAAUGCUGAGGGCCACUGCUACGAGGCAGGCGCACCUGUUGGUGUGGCAGCUGACGUCUCUCUUACGCGACAGGAGAAUGAGAUGAGCUCGUUCAUCGUAGCACCAGGAAGCCAACGGACAGCGUCGAUCUCCUUCCGGGAUCAUUUGAGCUUUGAAGCAGACAUUGAUGGGUCUAAAGGGGGUAUGGCGGAUAUAACGCCUCUCAGCUCUCCGAGAAGACGAGGAGUCUCGUUUCAGUGCGACGACUCGCCUUGCGGUGGUUCUUCCGUUUCUAUGUCUUUCGUACCCAUCAACAUCCACCGCCACAGCCACCACUACUCAACAGCAGCGCCGCCGCCUCUGCCCCUCCAGAGUCCAGGCACCUGCUCGCACGGUAUGUCGAACACCUGUAAGGACUGCCCCAACGCAUCUGCGAGAACUACUGCAUCGCCCCCGCUGCUUCAACGGGAUGAGUCGAUCUCCGCCUUCACGAACAGCAGUGGCACUUUGCUGGUGGGCGGGCAGCACUGGCACCACACCAGAUACGCUAGCAGCCCAUACCAGACCGGCUGCACCAUAAUGGAGGGUGCUGGGGUGCUGUGUGGCGAGGGCGGUGGUCCCGCAGAUGGGACGGUGAAUGUGACGGUGAGGGUGCGCCAUUCUCAUAACCGCACGCAUUCCCACGCAGGCAGCUACUUCAGCGACGCCACCACGGACCAGGCAAGUGCGCAACGCUACCACCAUGACCGGGUGCAUUCCACGAACUGCAGCACCUCAGUGGCGAGCGGUGGCGGCUUUGGGGCCGGGGCUACCAGCCUGACUGGAACGCAGAUUUCGCACAGCUGCGCAAGCCUGGAACCCGCGUCGAUUGUGUUCCCCGGGGCAUCCGGCGGCGGGUCGGGCUCUGUUUGCGAACGCAGCAGCGCUAAGAAGGGUGAUCGCCAUUACCAUGUCUCAGCCUCUUGCGAACGCGAUGGGCGCCAGUCCCGCCAUCAUGGGUCUGGCGUGGCGGCUAGCAGCACGCGCAGCGGUGACACCCCGAUAUUAGGGCGACUGGCGGACAAGCGUACGAGAACGUACCGGUGGGACUGGCGCAUGGCAUCGUUAGAUAUAGGAGACGACGACUGA